AUGGUUGUUAUAAUGACCUUGAGCAAUAGUAUUAUAGUGUGGAACUGCAGGGGUGCUGCGAAUAAAGCUUGUUAUAGAUACACUGAAUUUUAUAUUGAUAUGUACAAGCCAACAAUAUUUGUAGUCAUGGAGACUCGUUGUGAGCCAAACAGGUUGCACAAUACUUUGCAGAAGCUGGGGUUUGAUGAGGUUAUUUCUUCAAGUAAUAUGGGUUAUGCUGGAGGUACCUUAGUUGCCUGGCACAAGGAUAGGAUGAACAUUACUCUUAGUGCUAAGUAG